GCCUGUUGAAGGCUAAGCAGGAACUUACGGGAAGUUUGCAAUACUUGUGUCUAACAAGAUUAGACAUCGUAGUGCCAUUGAAGAUGUGCGCGAAAGUGAAAGCAACUGAGGAAAGCUUAGCAAGCUUGAAAAGGAUCAUCAGAUACUUGCGAACUCGAAGAGCUUUGAUGUAUAAAAACCGUUCACAUGAGUUCAAAGGAAAGCUCAUCCUUACAGCUUGGUCAGACAGCGACUGGGCAUCCUUUGGUGAUAGACGCUCAAUUUCAGGCAUAGUGAUCAAUCUCAAC